CAAGAUGUGUUGUUUGACAUGCGGAUGUUACCCGAAGGAUGACCGCAACCAUAACUUGAACGACAUUUUACAUCUGACUAUAUACAAAACCGGCAGAGCGCAAAAUUCUGUCAGUUGUUUCUCAGUUAUUGUUCAAAGAAGCCUUCUCUGUUAGUAGGAGAGCGUUCCGCUCAUGAUGGCUGAGUUGGUUUCCAUUCAAAAAUAUGAUUCACCGCCUCAAAAAGAUAAUCCUCCUCAAUGGGCUGUUAGAGCUAUAAUGCCGGAAAAUGGUAAAGGAAAAGAUGCUGUCAGCUGCUUGUUUACAACAGCUCCUUUAACCAGUUCUUACACCAUUUCUCCAACUUCUGAAACUCCCAAAGAUCUUAGAUCUCCUGGAAAGGGAAGUUUUCAUUUUAGAAGACCUCCAGUCGCUGUAGAAUGGCGAAAUAUUGAAUUAACUGGAACUGGUGAUAAACCGAUACUUAAAGGUGUAUCCGGUAAAGUACAUGGUGGUGAAUUGACUGCAAUAAUGGGUCCAUCGGGAGCCGGAAAGUCAUCCCUUCUUAAUGUUCUUUCUGGUUUCACGCGUCAGAAAGUGUCCGGCCAAAUCCUAGUGAAUGGUGUGGAGCGAGACAUGCGUAUCUACAGGAAACUGUCCUGUUACAUCAUGCAGGACGAUCAUGUACUCCCACACCUUACGGUCCGGGAGUCAAUCUACCUGGCUGCCUGUCUAAAAGUACCGUCCAGUGUGUCGAAAAAGGAUAAACAGAAAUUGGUUGAGGAAACAAUGGAAUCCUUAGGACUGAUAGAAAGACAGCACAACAAAGCCAGUCAACUUUCCGGAGGCCAGAGAAAAAGAUUAUGCAUAGCUCAAGAACUAGUCAGCAAUCCACCUCUUAUAUUUCUUGAUGAACCAACAAGUGGUCUAGAUAGUUCUUCCUGUCUUCAAUGCAUUGAAUUGCUUAAGUCUUUAGCUCAAGAAGGACGAACGAUUGUUUGCACAAUUCAUCAACCUAGUGCCAGAGUUUUUGAAAUCUUCGAUAGGCUUUACAUGUUAGCAUCUGGUCAAUGUAUCUACAGAGGACGCUCAAAAGAAUUGAUACCUUUUCUUGCUGAGCAAGGAUUGCAGUGUCCUCAUUAUCAUAAUCCUACAGACUUUGCAACUGAAGUAGCAUCUGGUGAGCAUGGCGACUGGAUUGGAAAGUUGAAGCAUGCAGUAGAUGCAAAAGAUUUUUUCGAGGACAAUCUGAAGCUGGCUGAAGAGUGUAUUUAUGAUGGCCGGCUUGAGGUUGGCCUUCAAGCCUCUACAUUGUGUCUUCUAGAUAAUGACGUCACGGCUCCCUCAUUUCUAGCGGAGAAUGACCUGGAGAAAGGAUAUAGUGGAUAUGCUACGAGUUCCUGGAAUCAAUUUAAAGUGUUAACAUACAGGUCCUUGAUUUGCACCCUUCGUGAGCCAAUGGCAACACAGUUGCGUUUCUUUGCUCACGUAGUUGUCGGAAUACUACUUGGAAUGCUUUAUUAUGGAAUAGGAGAUGAUGCUAGUAAAAUUUUCAACAAUUCCGGUUUCUUAUUCUUUUCAUUACUCUUCUUAAUCUUUACUGCCAUGAUGCCAACAGUAUUAACAUUUCCCAUGGAAAAAACAAUAUUUGCUAGAGAACAUCUGAACAGUUGGUACAGUACAAAGAUAUAUUACAUGGCAAAAACUGUAGCAGAAAUUCCGUUCCAAUUCCUGUUUCCGAUUAUUUAUGGGAGUAUAGUUUAUUGGAUGACUUCUCAACCAAAUAGCAUGCUACGGUUCGGCUUAUUCCUUUUGUCAUCAAUUAUGAUCUCGUUAGUUGCUCAAUCAGUAGGCUUUAUAAUUGGAGCCUGUACUAGUGUGCAAAAUGCAGUCUUCCUCGCUCCAGUGUUCACAAUCCCAAUUCUUCUCUUCAGUGGCUUUUUUAUAAGUUUGGAAACCAUCCCACCUUAUCUUCAAUGGCUGUCAUACCUAUCUUACAUCCGUUAUAGUUAUCAAAGUGUUUUACUUGGAAUUUAUUCCAUGGGUCGACCAGAGCUGUUCUGCGACAAAAUAUUUUGCCCUUUCCAAGAGCCGUUGGACUUUUUAAAAGAAAUGGAUAUGCUUAAAGGCAGCCUCUAUGUAGACUAUGCUGCAUUAUGGGGCUUUUUCUUCGCUUUUAGAAUAGUUGCGUACAUAGUUUUAUGGUACAGAGUUGUCUAUAAUCGAUAGUAUUUCUACUUUUAUAGCUUUUAAAUUUCUGCUUUUUAGUGUUGUAUAUAUUUUAGCAUGUUUUUUAAAAUAAAGGAAUUUAUCACUUAA